UAUUAUUCGCAUAGUAACUGAUAGUUCCAAGAGCCAGAAGAUGACUCAUUUGAAGCGUCCAGUAUUGUUACUUUUAGCGAUCUUUUCAAGUUUCGGGGUAGGAAAUGGUAAACCAAGAACUACCCUCAAUACAGAAAAUUUCUUUCUGGGAACUGUGAAGGUAUCUCGUAACGAUGCAGUUCAACUUUGCCGGGAGAGAUCGAUGGAACUCGUGAGCAUUCAAGAUUCCGAAAAGAACCAUGCUGUUUUUGAGUUGUUGCAGGACAAAGAUUAUAGUCAUCCCGUUUGGACAUCCGGAAAUAAAAAUUCUGACGGAUCAACCUGGACCUGGUUGAAUGGUGAGAAGUUCACAUAUUUCAACUGGGGUCCGGGAGAACCUAAUUCGGCUAGAGGAAAUGAAAGUUGCUUGGAAGUUUUUAAAAAGCAAUUCGAUGUUCUGUGGAACGAUCAACCCUGUGAAGAUAAACGUGCUUAUGUUUGCGAAAAAAUACAAAACAAAUGUGAUACGAAACUGGUCAGUGUUAGCGUGAAUAAAAAAAUGUGUUCUAUAAGCACGUCAGAACCAAGCACACCACCAAAGAAAUUCUAUCUCAGUACUCAGAAGGCUACUCGUUCUCAAGCGUUGAAGCAUUGUUCGGAUAUGUUUAUGCAACUCGCCAUUAUUCGUAAUGCGGAAGAAAAUCGGGCAUUAUAUGAAGUGAUGAAAGAAAAAGAAGUGAAUGCCUAUUGGACUGCAGGAAAUAGAAAACCUAAUCGACAAUGGGAAUGGCUGAAUGACGAACCCAUAACAUACUUCAAUUGGAGAAAAGGAGAACCCAAUGCUUCCAUGAACCUAGGAGUAUGUCUUGAAGUUUUUGUUUCUGGAGAUAAAGUGGAAUGGAAUGACCAAAAUUGUUCAGACCAACGAUUUUUCGUUUGCGAAAAAGAAGAUCCUGUUGUGAAAAUUGAUGUUGAAGGAAAAUUAUUCAUGCCGGAUGAUUCAGGUUCCAAUCAAAGCAAACAUAACUGUACUGUAGUUAUAAACACAGUGUAAAUACUCAUAAAUAGUACACUGUCAAGUGAACUAAUUAAGACUUAUUAAAUUGAUGUUAUAUCUCGAAUAAAGAUGAUUUUAUCACA